UAAUUACAAUAAGAGAGGCCAUGGCGCCCGUCCUGACCCUGUCGAUGAUCGUGACCAUAUCUACGAGCCUACCAUGGCGCCCACAAAGACAUUUAUUGACCUUCGGGGCGAGUAUAUGCCUCCGGUAUACGAUCAAGGGAAAAUGAUGAGCUGUACUGCGCAUGCAGUCGCUGGAGCAUUCGAGUUUCAGACUAUGCGGCUUCAUAGACAGUCUCUGUUUUCGCCCUCUCGGCUUUUUCUUUGGUACAAUGCCCGUAAAGCGAUAACCACUCCGACAGGAUCUCCUGACCCACAGGCUGUUAAAAAGAAUAUCGGGACCUAUAUUAGAGACGCUAUUAAGUCUCUGAAAGACAAAGGUGUCUGUUCCGAGGAAGAUUGGUCCUAUGAAGUAGGCGAGUAUAAUACGAAAACUCUUCGAUUUCUCAAUGGAGCCAAAGCGGCAAUGACGCCACCGAAACUGGCAUGGAAUCAUGCCCUAGGGCACCUAGCUACUGGAGAGACGGCACGGAAGCAUGCCAGCCGGCUCCUAGCUACUGGGACGUCAUAUCACAGACUAAAUGCCACUGAGACGAAUAUUCAGCCGCUUAAAGAGUGUCUUUCUAAGGGACACCCAGUUAUAUUCGGGAUGAAAACGUACGGUUUGCUUAGAGGCUCCGCUAUCAACGAUUCCGGGGAAGGAUUACGUGAGGCCAGGCAUUCGCUCCUAGCAGUUGGCUACAUCGAGCGUGACGAACCCAAAUACAAUGUAAUUAUUGUCCGCAACUCCUGGAGCGAAAGGUUUGGUCAAAAAGGUUAUUUCUAUAUGCCAUACCCCUACCUCAAGCUUUGCUACGAUUUUUGGAUUUUGAACCUACCUCAGAAAAUAAACUAGCAAGGCCCAUCGACCUCACUGGGUAAUCG